CAAUCUUUGUUCUUUGUCCUUCAUCUUUCACUAGUUGAAAAAAAUAAUGCAUGUUGUGGCCUGGAAACUGCUUUUUCUCACCAUGCCUAUAGCUCUUAUAAUCAUAAAUGUUGUAACAUCUGUCAGCUCAUCUCAACAACAUGUGGAAUCCAUUGGCUGCCCUACAAACAAUGAAGAACACAUUCUUAAGGUGAGUCGAAAAGUGAUGUUUGAGAUUACAGUACAUGGAAUUAUCUUUUGGACAUCAAUGGGGUUUCUGGUGCCUGUUGGGAUACUUGCUAUCAGAAUGUCAACAAAUAGAGAAGAAUGUGGGAAAAGACAACAAGUUCUUUUCUAUGUUCAUGCAGUUUCACAGAUACUUUCUGUACUUAUGGUCACAGCAGGAGCACUCAUGUCCAUCAAAAACUUUAAUAACUCAUUCAAUAAUUAUCACCAAAGACUAGGGGUAGCUUUAUAUGGUAUCAUAUGGGUGCAAGCUUUGACCGCCGCUCUACGUUCAUGCAGGGGAUCCAAGGCAAGAAGUGCAUGGUUUUUUACUCAUUGGUUAUUAGGAACUAUGGUGUCUAUUUUGGGAGUAAUCAAUAUUUACACUGGAUUGGAAGCAUUGCAUGAAAAGACAUCGGCAAGCACAAAGCUUUGGACCAUAAUUUUGACUGCACAUAUCUGUUUAAUGGUUUUCAUUUAUCUGUUUCAAGACAAAUGGUUGCAGUUGCAGUUACAAAAGCAAGAACCGGUUCUGCGCCUGGAACCUGUAAGACCCUACCCCUACAGAACAAGACAAUAUACACCACGAAUCAACGGUUGAGAAAUCAAA